GGCAUGCAGGGGGCCUGGGCGCUGCUGCUGCUGCUGGGCCUGAGGCCACAGCUCUCCCUCGGCGUCAUCCCAGCUGAGGAGGAGGACCCAGCCUUCUGGAACCGCCAGGCAGCCCGGACCCUGGAAGCCGCCAGGAAGCUGCAGCCCAUCCAGACGGCCGCCAAGAACCUCAUUCUCUUCCUGGGGGACGGGAUGGGGGUGCCCACGGUGACAGCAGCUCGGAUCCUAAAGGGACAGAUGAACGGCAAGCUGGGACCCGAGAGCCCCCUGGCCAUGGACCAGUUCCCAUACACGGCUCUGGCCAAGACCUACAACGUGGACAGACAAGUGCCAGACAGCGCGGGCACGGCCACGGCCUACCUGUGCGGGGUCAAGGCCAACUACCAGACCGUCGGAGUGAGCGCGGCCGCCCGGUAUAACCAGUGCAACACAACUCGCGGCAACGAGGUCUCCUCCGUGCUGCAGCGGGCCAAGGCCGCAGGGAAGUCGGUGGGGGUGGUGACCACAACCAGGGUGCAGCACGCCUCCCCAGCCGGCACCUACGCGCACACGGUGAACCGCAAGUGGUACUCGGACGCCGACAUGCCCCGCGAGGCGCUGCAGGAGGGCUGCCAGGACAUCGCCACGCAGCUCAUCUCCAACGUGGACAUCGACGUGAUCCUGGGUGGAGGCCGCAAGUACAUGUUUCCCAAGGGGACUCCUGACCCCGACUACCCUGGCGAAGCCCAGCACAACGGGGUCAGGGUGGACAAGCGGAACCUGGUUCAGGAGUGGCAGGCCAAGCACCAGGGCGGCCGGUAUGUGUGGAACCGCACGGCACUCACCGAGGCGUCCCAGGACCGCUCCGUGACACACCUCCUGGGCCUCUUCGAGCCGGGAGACAUGAAGUACGACGUCUACCGAGACGCCGAGCAGGACCCCAGCCUGAUGGAGAUGACAGAGGCGGCCUUGCGCGUGCUGAGCAGGAACCCCAAAGGCUACUACCUCUUCGUGGAGGGGGGUCGCAUUGACCACGGUCAUCACGACGGCAGAGCUUACCUGGCGCUCACUGAAGCUGUCAGGUUUGAUGACGCCAUUCACAAGGCCAGCCAGCUCACAAGCGAGAGGGACACUCUGAUUCUUGUCACCGCCGACCACUCUCACGUCUUCACUUUUGGUGGCUACACGCUGCGUGGCAGCUCCAUUUUCGGGCUGGCUCCUGAGAACGCCUCGGACGGCAAGACCUACACCUCCAUCCUUUAUGGCAAUGGCCCCGGCUUCGCCAUGAACGACGGCCCGCGGCCCAACGUCAGCGACAGCGAGAUCCGGGUCCCCAACUAUAGGCAGCAGUCGGCCGUGCCCUUGUCGGACGAGACCCACGGUGGCGAGGACGUGGCGGUGUUCGCGCGCGGCCCGCAGGCGCACCUGGUGCGCGGUGUGCAGGAGCAGAGCUUCGUGGCGCACGUCAUGGCCUUCGCCGCCUGCCUGGAGCCGUACACCGCCUGCGGCCUGAGCGAUGCCGCGCAGCCCGGGCCCUCGGGCGGCCCGUCGCUGGUUCUGCUGGCCGGCGUGCUGCUGCGGCUGCUGCUGGGCACCGCAUCGCCCUGA